GGUUUGGCGCCAGCUUCGGAGCGGGCGACGGGUAGCGGCUGGGGUGAAAGCGGUGAAGGCUGCGCUGACAGGAGGACGGGAAGGCUCGUCUCGGCUCGCCUCGGCUCAACUCAAGGCGGCUCGUCUCGGCUCAAUGGAUCCCGCACCGGGCUGUUCCUACCGCCGCCGCCUCCUGCUCCUCUCCCCGACCUCCCCGGCUUCACCCGCCGUGGUCAAGUCUCUUUUUCCCGCCGACCUCUCGCCGGUCUCUGACCUGCGCCUCACCAUGGAGCAGCUGGGACGCGGUCGGCAUGAAAGCGCUGAGCAAGAUCUGGGAAACAAGACUACUAAUGGUUUGCAGAGAACAGUGUCAUCGGAAUCGACAGACUCAGGUUGUGCUUUGGAUUCGCCUGGUCCCGUAACAUCAAACGAUAUCAUGGAGGAAACGUUUGAGAAAGCAAUUCUUGAAUCCAGCAGGCUGAACACUCGAAUGCCUUUCAGAAGAAUACAUUCACUGCCACAAAGCCUCCUGGGAUCCAGCCCUGCUCUGAAGAGAAACCAUUCCGAUUCUCUGGAUAGCGAUGCUUUUCAACCAUUGGAACAAGAUGAAAAUAAGGAGAAUGAAUCGUUUGAGUUUAAGAAGCCGACCAAACCAGCUUCUCGUAGUUCUGUGCACGUCCAUUCCCGUGACGGAAAAGGGGUUCCUGGACCAAGGCAGAAUUCCUCUCCAGCUCAGACAUUUCCUGCUGGUGAAAUACCCGUGGGUGAACAGGAGAACGCCAGGCCGGCUUUCCUGCAGCAGUCUUCUCUGACUUCCUCUGAAAGUGAAGAUGACGAUGGAUUCCUGGAGCUGCUAGAUGAGCAAGAUUUGAAGAACGAUGAGGAGAUGCCAUCUGAUGUGGCGAGCCUCUGGACUGCUCCACUAGUCAUGAGGAAAACAGACAAUCGGGGCAAACGAUGCCGGUUGUUUGGCUCUUUGUCUCAGCCCAGUGGUGUAGGAAGAACCACCCAGAAGAGGAUGGAGAGGUCCCAGGAAGAGAAUUCUCCAGGGAAAAGCAAGAAGAGGAAAAGCCUGCCUGGAACACCUUCGGAGGAUUCAACGAGUUUGAAAAUGGUAAAGACGCAAUCCUCCACAGCAGAGAUCGAAAGCAUUUUGGACAGUGACCAGAGAGACCUUAUUGGUGACUUCUCGAAGGGUUAUUUAUUCCACACCGUUGAUGGGAAACACCAAGAUUUAAAAUAUAUUGACUCAGAAAUGAUUGUGUCUGUGCUGACUGGGAAGUUUGCGAGCUUCAUCAAGGAAUGCGUGAUAAUUGAUUGUAGAUACCCCUAUGAGUACGAAGGAGGACACAUCAAGGGUGCUGUAAACCUUCACAUGGAGGAGGAUGUGGAAGACUACCUGCUUAAGAAGCCAAUCCAGCCGUCGGAGAACAAACGAGUGAUAAUAGUGUUCCACUGCGAGUUUUCUUCAGAGCGGGGUCCUCGAAUGUGCCGGUUUGUGAGGGAGCGGGACAGGCUGGGUAACGAAUACCCCAACCUCCAUUACCCGGAGCUCUAUGUCCUGAAGGGGGGUUACAAGGACUUCUUCUUAAGAUGCCGUAGCUUCUGCGAGCCCCAGAGCUACCGCCCCAUGCACCACGAGGAUUUUAAAGAAGACUUGAAAAGGUUCCGCACCAAAAGCCGAACCUGGGCUGGCGAGAAGAGCAAAAGGGAACUGUACAGUCGCCUGAAGAAACUCUAAAGGGCUGAAUGAACAGGCGAAGGCUGCCCGUCGCGGCGGGGGGGAGGCUGCAGCGGGAGGGAGACGUGCCCGUUCCUUGCCUGGGGUUAUCAAGUACCAGCGCUCUCCUCGUCUGCUGUCUUACCAGGAACACUGUGGAACUUGCGGCCGCCGGCUUGAACCCAGCGCCCUGGGUGCCGGCUGGGAGCUGACUCUUCUCGAUACUCUUGUUAACGCCGCUUCGUGGAAAUGAAUUCUCACGCUCCGUGACAUCCGCACACUGCCCAACAGCCUGCCCCGGGAGGGGUGGGGAGAGGCUGUCGCGUGCCACGUGGUGGGGUUUGGCUGGUACGUGGUGCAAGCAGUGAGGGUAUUUUAGUGCCUGUUAUUUUUUAAGUGCUUUAUUUUAUUUAAAUACAGUCAAAUGAAGCCAA